UCCAUCUGGUCACCCUCAGAUACCUGACGAUAUCAGAGGUUAAGUGAUUAAUAAAAGGAAAUACUUGUUCAAAGAAAAAAAACUUCAAUUACUCUUAAUGCUAGUGUUGGAUUACACGGUAAUUGCAGUGAUUAGUAUUCCAUUCCGGUGCACUUUUACAAGGCGGCCUUGGUACCUUUGGUCGAAACGUAAAAAAAUUAAUUCCAUUUCUGAACGUUCUUGUGCCCCAAAAUCGAUCAACGAAUACUUUUGGUACACGGUGCGUCAUCGUUUUGCAUAUUAUUCUCAUUUUUGAAUUACUUAUGCAGCUCUCCACAGAAUGAGAGGCAUCAUCAUCCUCCAGCUACUCCUCCAACUGCUACACGUCACAAUGGAACAGUCGCUAAUCGAGUCAUUCCUGAGUUUCCUUGGAGAGGGAAGCCAGCACUACCUGAACGAACCGCACGACGUAAGGACGUUCCUUCCGACGUACGACUUCAUCAUCGUCGGCGCCGGUACGUCGGGAUGCGUAAUCGCGAACCGCCUCUCCGAAAAUCCAAAGUGGAACGUCCUACUGUUGGAAGCAGGAAUUUCGGAAAAUUACAUCAUGGACAUGCCGAUUCUCGCCAACUACCUUCAGUUCACCGACGCCAAUUGGAAGUACAACACGAUGCCGAGCGACAAGUACUGCCUGGGCAUGGAGAAUCGCCAGUGCAACUGGCCACGCGGCAAGGUGGUGGGCGGGUCCAGCGUGCUGAACUACAUGAUAUACACCAGGGGGAAUCGGCGCGACUACGACAACUGGGAGAAGCUCGGCAAUACGGGCUGGUCGUACCGGGACGUGCUGCCCUACUUCAAGAAGGUGGAGAACUUCUCCAUUCCUACGGAUUACAAUCGGAGCUAUCACGGAAGCGAUGGGUACUUAUCGGUGGGUUACGCGCCGUACCGCACCAAGCUGUCCGAGCACGUGUUGGAAGCGGCCAUGGAGUCGGGGUUGAAGUACGUCGACUACGACGGGGCGACCCAGGUGGGCGUCUCCCAGUUGCACGUGUCGAUGCAGGACGGGGUGCGACACAGCUCGAGCAAGGCGUACCUUCACCCGAUCCGAAAUCGAAGCAACUUGCACUUUCGUAAGCGGGCCAUGGUGAAGAGGGUGGUAAUUGAUCCGGUCACCAAACACGCGCGGGGCGUUGAGGUGGUGCUCGCCGGAACCACCUACAUGCUCCAGGCGAGCAAGGAGGUCAUACUGGCAGCCGGGGCGAUUAACUCCCCCCAGCUAUUGAUGCUGUCAGGUGUCGGACCGAAGAAGCAUUUGACUCAAGUGGGAAUACCGCUCGUGCAGAAUCUGAAGGUCGGUUACAACCUGAUGGACCACGUCGCCGUAGGCGGACUGACAUUUGUCAUCAACGAGACGAUGUCCAUCCGAACCCAGGACGUGAUGGAGCGAAGCAUCAUGGUCAACUUCCUCUCGCACCACAAGGGACCGUUGACCCUACCGGGGGGAUGCGAGACGCUCACCUUCACGGACUUCGACAACCCGAACGAUCCGGACGGAUACCCGAACAUCGAGCUGCUCUUCCAAGCGGGGUCGCUCGUGUCCGAUCCGAUGCUGCGCCACAAUUUCGGGAUUACCGACGAGAACUACAACGAGAUCUACGGCGACAUCGAAAACGUGCACUCCUACAUGGUGCUCCCGAUGCUGUUGCGCCCCAAGAGCAGGGGACGAAUUGCGCUCAAAGACGCGAGCUACAGGAGCAAGCCGCUGAUCUAUCCCAAUUACUUCGCGCACCAGCAGGACAUAGACACGCUGAUCUUGGGCAUCCGGCAGGCGAUCAACAUUUCGCAGCAGCCGGCUCUGCAGGCGAUCGGGACGCGACUCCACAGCAAACCGGUACCGGGCUGCCGGCAUUUGCAGUUCGGCUCCGACCAGUACUGGGAAUGUCACGUGCGCCAUUUUCCCUUCACGAUCUACCAUCUCAGCGGGACGUGCAAGAUGGGACCGAGGAGCGAUAAGUACGCCGUCGUGGAUCCAAGACUGCGCGUUCACGGCGUGACCGGUUUGCGGGUGAUCGACGCGUCGAUUAUGCCCGAAAUAACCGCGGGCCAUACCAACGCUCCGGUUUACAUGAUAGCGGAGAAAGGAACCGAUAUGAUUAAGGAAGACUGGGGCGCCCUCUGACGGCCAAAUUUUUAAGACUUGUAAAUAUUUAAUUAUACCAAAGAACCUUA